CCGUGCCGUGUCGCCAUGUCGCCCUCCGCGCUGCUGCCGCUGCUGCUGCUGCUGGCGGUGCCGGCCCCCGCGGCUGCGGCGGCGGGGGGCUGCGGGCCGUGCGAGGCGGCGCAGUGCCCGGCGCUGCCGCCGCGGGGCUGCCCGCUGGGCCGGGUGCGGGACGCCUGCGGCUGCUGCUGGCAGUGCGGGCGCGGCGAGGGCGAGGCGUGCGGCGGCGGAGGCGCUGCGGGGGGACGCUGCGCCCUCGGCCUCGAGUGCGUGAAGAGCCGCCAGCGCCGCAAAGCCAAGGGCGGCCCGGCGCAGGGACCCCUCUUCUCCUCCGCCGGCGGCCCGCCCGGCGUGUGCCUCUGCAAGAGCCGCUACCCGGUGUGCGGCAGCGACGGGCUCACCUACAGCAGCGGGUGCCAGCUCCGCGCCGCCAGCCUGCGCGCCCAGAGCCGCGGCGAGCCUGCCAUCAGCCAGCGCAGCAAGGGAGCCUGCGAACAAGGACCCUCCAUAGUGACCCCUCCUAAGGACAUCUGGAAUGUGACAGGAGCACAGAUCUACCUGAGCUGUGAGGUUAUUGGCAUUCCAACCCCUGUCCUCAUCUGGAACAAGAUAAUUCGGGGUCAGUAUGGUGUCCAGAGAAUGGAGCUUCUGCCUGGAGACCGGGAGAACUUGGCUAUCCAGACCCGAGGGGGCCCCGAGAAACAUGAAGUGACUGGCUGGGUGCUUAUAUCUCCUCUGAGUAAAGAGGAUGCUGGAGAAUAUGAGUGUCAUGCAUCAAAUGCCAAAGGAGAGGCAACAGCUUCUGCAAAAAUCCACGUUGUGGAAACUCUGCAUGAAAUAGCUCUGACCAAAGAUGAUGGUGCAGAGCUGUGAUGUGAGGAGUUGCACUUAUGCACAGUUUUAAGUUAGUAUGAUGGAAAACUGUACCCUCUGGCUUUUUCUAGCUCACUAAUCAUCCCCUUGACCCCCUUGCUCUUUGAUAACCAAUUUGCUUGCACACUUCUUUCACAAAUACACAAAUAAAGGAGAUUCACAACCCUGA